UAAUUUUGAUCCAUUCAUGGAGCUUGGUUUCAAGCAGGACAUGUUUGCAAUAGAGAAAUCCAAGAAGUCACUCCUCGUAUUCAAGAUUCUUUUGCUGUGCUUUAUUGUGAUGUAUGGAGUUUCUAUGUGUGUUGUAUGCUUAAAUCAAAUGAGCACAGAUGUGACGCCCAAGUAUGUGGGACGAAAGAUUCUUCCAAUUGAAAAGCCUUGUGAAGCUUAUGGUAUUGAACCUGAAGAUAGUUUAUAUGUACAUUACCCACAACCUACAACAUAUGGCAGGGCUGAAUGCAAGUGUACUCCCGUUCGUUUUUUCGCAAUUGUGUCCAUGCAAAGGUCUGGCAGUGGGUGGUUGGAAACAUUGCUCAAUAGCCACCCCAACAUUAGCUCAAAUGGAGAAAUUUUUUCUGUUAAAGAGAGACGGCAUAAUGUUUCAUCUAUUUCCAAGACAUUAGAUAAGAUUUACAAUCUAGAAUGGACUAGUAGUGCUGCCAAAAAUGAAUGCACAGGUGCAGUUGGCUUAAAGUGGAUGCUUAAUCAGGGUCUUCUGGAAUAUCACGAAGAAAUUGUUAAGUACUUCAACCAGAAAGGUGUUUCUGUGAUAUUUCUCUUUCGGCGAAAUCUCCUCCAUCGGUUGAUUUCUUUACUUGCAAAUGCCUAUGAUCACAAGGCAAAGCAACUCAAUGGCAAGCACAGGUCUCACGUGCAUUCAAUAGAAGAGGCAGAGGUUCUGGCGAAAUACAAGCCAACUAUAAACCAUGCAUCCUUACUUGCUAGUCUGAAGGAUGCUGAAGACAUGACUGUGGAUGCCAUGGAAUACUUCAAUAGCACUCGCCAUAUAAUUCUCUACUACGAAGAUCUCAUUAACAACCAAAAGAAGUUGAUGGAGGUACAGGAGUUCCUUUGGGUGCCUCUUAGGGAUUUGCAAAGCCGUCAAGUUAAGAUUCACACCAGGCCCAUUUCAAAGCAAGUGGAAAACUGGCUUGAUGUGUAUAAUACGCUUAAGGGAACCCACUAUGAAGUUUUUCUCAAUCAGCCAGACUACCCAUCUAACUGA